AUGGAGCUGCAGCUUAUACUACCUGCUGCUGCAGACGGCCGUGAGUCUGCGACAGUGCCACUCAUCGACGCCGACGAGCUUUCUCUAAGGAUGUUUGGAUGCUUGCCGACUGGCUGUACACUGGUGAUCAUCGACAGCUGUGCAGGCAGCAGCUUUGCGGCGGGAGGCGCUGCAGACGUUGCAGCGGCCGCUGCGGCAGACGGAGACGCCGACAUCUCCAAGCGGUACGUGAUGUCGGAUGAAGUCUACGAUCAGCGCGAUGAAAGCAUGCGGAAAUUCCUGAGGAACCUGCAGGCUGCUAGGCCGGAUUUGUUCGAGCAGCCGCAGAAGAAGGAAAAGGAGGAGGAGGAGCAGCAGCAACAAAAGCAGCAGCAGCAGCAGCAGCAACAGCAACAAGGUACAGAGCAAGAAAUUAGGGAGAAGUUCACCGUUGGAUCGCGCUGCGUGCUGAUCGGAGAUCGCCGCGGUCAAAUCGCCUAUGUUGGGCGCAGGCAAUCGCGUCCACCGGGGGAAAUCUGGAUCGGUGUCGCGUUGGAUGAGCCUCUGGGACGCACUGACGGCCGUGACUUCAAGAUCGUUAGUGCAGCUGUGCCUGCUGCUGCAGCAGGAGCUGCAGAAGCGGCAGGCACAGGGGCAGGAGGAAGGGGUUGUCUGGUGCAUACUGGCAAGCCUCUCUUUGCGUGUGAAGGCGACCGGUAUGGCGAGUUUGCGUUGCCUUCAGAAGUGACUGUUGGGAACUUUCCUCCACUCGACCCCUUUGACUUGGUGGACGAAAUUUAG